AUGGAUUCACACCCUUCCCAGUCAAGACAACACGCCGGCGUCGGCACAGAUCGAGACGAAGGAGACGAAGAUCUAUACUUGCAACCGUUCACUCCCGAUGAAUCCAAUGCGAAUUUCAGCUUCACGGCCGCUCCCAAGAUGACCAAGUCGUUGAUGUCUCAUCCCUCGAUGCCAUCUUCGUCUUCUGUUCACCACCAGCAGCAGCAUCAGCAGCAUAAGAACUCUAGUGCUCCGGCCGAGCAGCAGCAGAACUCCGGUACGGCCGAGCAGCAGCGGACUCCAGUACGCUUCAUGGGAAAUGAUAUGAGACUACCGGUACCGAAUAUUGGUGCCAGUACUUCGAGGACCGCUGCUUCUUCUGCAGCCGGCAUGAGAAGAAUUGGUGGAACGGGGCCUUCGGAUAGUUCCAAACAGCACAAUUCGUCGUUUAGACCUCCGCCCGGUCGUGGUCAGGCUCCGAGGCCCCAGAGUCGUUGUGAUGCUGAGCGUUCUUCGGAGUACCCACGGCAGCAGCAACAACAACCUUCAGGAGGCCCUUUGACAUCACAACAGGCCGGCGAAUUCGGACCAAGCGGCGGCAACAAAGCUCCAGUAAAGAAGAGGAAGUCCAUUGCAGUAUCACAACCAAUCGCAACCAACUACCCUUCGAGUAAUAAACGAGACCCCGGAGGUCCUCCACCUGGACCGGAGGAUUUGGUGAUUGUGUUGGAAGAUGACGAGGCAAUACAAGAUAUCGACAAGCGACUAGUCGAGAGCGGCACAGGGCGUCCAACGCGACCUUCCCAGAUGAAAUCACGGACUCGUUCAAUGGACACUCCGGGCGUCAUAGCUCAUCCCGGUCAAACUUCAUCACGGAGACGUCCAGAAACUCCACGUCUGCAAAAUGCAGGAGGCGGCUCGCAAGGGAGCACUGUCCAUAUCCUCAACCGGACUAUUAAUGACCUUAUGUCCCGGAAUACUACGCUUGAGGGAGAUGUCGAUAGCCUCAGCCACGCCAUCCAAAGUCAGAAGAAGAUCAUCGAAGCGGCGGAAACUAGAGUUGAGUCGCUCUCUGCCAGCCUUAAAGCUCAAACAGAUUGCAAGACCGAGAUUCUCAGCAAGCAGAGCAGGCUGGAGAAGUUUUUGCGUGCGAUCGGGGAGGAUUACAAUACACUCAACACCCGCAACCUCGACCUAAACAACAGACUGAAGGAGGCCCUCACUGAAAAGGAUAAUAUCCGGGAUGAAAUGGAGAGUACUCGAACUACUUUUCUACGGGCGCUUGAGGAACUUGAGCGUGAGCGUGUCAACUUCCGUGAGCGGGCAGCAGUGAUCCAUAGCCAAAUCAAUGGAAUGCGCGAUUUGCAGAAAUUCAGGGAAGCAGAGCUCAACGAAAAAGCCAGUCUCCUUGCGGAGGAACGAGACCGUUCACAGGCCCUGGAGAUGCAGAUCAGUGAAAUACAGAAGGCUCGGCUAUGUGACGCGGAGAAGUUUGAAGAGAUGAAGUCUUUGUUGGCAGAAUUGAACACCUCUCUGAUGAGUAAGAUUGUGGAAAGUGAUAACAUCAAUGCUGAGAAGUUGAAUAAGUGCUUUGAAGGCAUAGUCAAUUUGCAGUCGGUAGGUGGUCAAAUAAAUGCCCACCUCUUCGCGACGAAAAGUCUCCUGAAGAAUGCAUAUCAGCAAAUUGCCUCCGAGAUACAGGAGGGUCAGAAAAACCACGCUAUAGACAUAUCUGACAGGAUCUGGGCCCAUAUGGCGAAAGCAACUGAUGAUCUUGCCGAGUCCGUCCAAACGAGCAUGGCAGACGCCGCACAGGAUAUCACCCACAUACUUUCGAGGGAGCUGAAGACCAGAUUUGAUUCGGCAUUACAAGACUUGGACAAGAUUUCUCACGUACUGGAGGCAGUCCCAGAUCGUGUUUCGGUAUCUCUAAAGGACUACACGCAUUCAGCGACGGAAUCCCUAAAUGCAAUUUCCAGUUUACUGCAAACGAACGCCGAUAAGAGCUUGGUCGUCUUCGAGGGGAAGGCUGAGGUCGCUCUGGCAGAAAUGGACAAAAAAACUCAGUCUUUUCACGCCGACAUAGCUGAGAAAGUGCAGUCGACAGCGGUUGUCCUGACUGAAACAAUUCAGAGCAAGAUGAACGCGACAGCGGGCGUUAUCUUCCAGAAGCUCGGGGUAUCCUCAAAAGAGCUCACUGUGUCAAUUAGGCACAAUCUAUCCAGAGAGCUUGAGUCAGCGGUGAUCUCAUCUACAGCCCAACUGUCAGAUGAGGUCUGCAAAACCAUCAAGGACAAGAUGGAACUUACGUUGAAGGAUUUUGAUACUGUCGCCAAACUUAUUACCGUUGCGUCGUUGAAAUUCAACCAGGAGACCAAGGAUGAGGCUGUGGGGGACGAGAGAGUAAUGCAAAUGCAAGAGAUUAUCGUUGGUCUCCAGAAGACCAUCGACUCUCUGACGAAUACCGUCAGAGAGAGCUGGACACAAUGGAGCAAUGAUCUGAAGGCCAUGUACGAGGUUAGACUUCAGGAGAAUGAGGUCCGUUAUCAAGAAACCGAGCAGCGGCGUCUCGCGAGUGAGGAGCAAAACAGCAAGCUUCUUGAGCAGAUAGCUCGUCAAAACCUUGAGUCGCAGCAGAAGCAGGAGUCCCAGAAAAGGGAAUCUGAUUAUGGAGAAGGCCAGCGCGAAUCGCCAGCAGAGUCAACAAUCCGAGUGACGAUUGACGAUUUGAAGCAAGAGGUUUGGCAGAAAGGAGCCCAGCUCGAAACACUCAAGACGGAGAAAGAACUGCUCGAGCAAAAGAUUGAUCAGAUCAUUACCGAGAGAAAGGAGGUCGAAGAAAAAGGCCACGCCCACCGUGUGAUGCUAAUGAGGAAGUUGCAGUCUAGGAUUGAUGGACUGGAGAUGCAAAACGCGAACCUAUGCAGGCAGCUGAGGGAGAUGCAGUUGAACUCGGACAAUUCUAAGCAGGCGGAAGUUGUGAGUCUGAAGUCGGAGAACUCCGAUUUGCACACCAAGCUUGACCUUUUCAAUGCGGAGUUUCAACGUUUGUCUGUUAUGCUAGAGGAAAAGGAGAAAGUCGUCAUUGAGAAGGACGAGUUUAUCUCCAGGCUGGAGGAGGAGGCUCAGGUCGUCACACUACUCGAGCAGCAAAUCGUGGAACAGUCAAGGAAGAUCUCGUCCCAUCUCGAAACGAUCCGGUCCAUCGACCGCGAUCGUAAGAAGACCCUUCAAGAGAAAGAAGCGAUCGAAGCUCGGAUCGAAUCGCUUGAAAAGGAAAAGAAAGAGUUUCUGCAACGUAUUUCCACACUGGAGGGCGACAAAGGACAGCUGGAGGUGAUUAUUCAAGAGAGCAAGGGAAAGAUGCAGAACCCGGAGGAAAAACUAACCGUGACCGAUCAUCACCCCGAGAAGCUCCAGGUGAAUCUCGAUAGGGCUGUGGAACCGAACGAGGAAGCGGCGCACAUUGAUUUCCUCAACGCUAACCAUCAAUUUGUGGCCAAUGCAAUGACUGACAUGAAUUUGCUGCCUGCACACAUGGAUCUUCUUGCUGCAAACGAAGAUCAUCCUAUUGCGGACAACGUUGCUAUCCUUGAAGGCCCUUCUGACGAAACGCUCCCCAGUAGCCCUCCGAUAGCAGGCCAUAGAGCCGUAAUGCGUACCUUUUCUCAGCCGAGUAGAGGUGAUUCAGUGUCAGGUGGUAGCUCUGCUGGUCAGGUUCCUCGGCCUGGACUCCAGGGAAUUUCCGUUGGGGUCCAUAUUGCUAAAGAAGCCUCAAACCCGAAUGACGAGAUGGAACCGGGCAUUCCACGCCAGCAAGUCGAAGUGCUGUUAACGCCAGGGAAGCCAAUCACCACUACAAACACCCAUGAAGCCGGUAGUAAGAAGCGGAGGAGAAAAGAGACAGCUAUCCAGAGCCCGCUGCCAGCGCCCAAGCGUCCAGCCAAGCGGACGACCCGGCAACCCGCGCCUCAGCCGGCUCAGGCGUCCAUGUCCACGGCGAAACAGCACCCUCGAAUUAAUGCUCCGCGAACCCUAUUGAGCUCCCCCAGCACUCCCGCAAAUGCUAAGGCUCCUAUUGAGCCGUCCUCCGAGGCUCAACCGCACCAAGUUCAACACCAGCUGGAAGAUGCUAUCCACGCUGGAGUUCAGGCUUUUGCUGAUCCGGCUGCUCCUCCUGUUCCCGUUUUUACUUCUCCUCCCAAGACACCGGUCCAAGGUUCUAAGAAGGCCUCUGCCAAAGUUCCUGCCAAGGUUCCCGGUAUUCGCAAGAGGUCUUUUGUUAAGAAGCGACAGGCUUACAGUGAUCUCGCAUGAAGAGAGGAUGAAAAAGAGGUGGUAGAGAGUUGCUGUUUACAUUUGUUACGUUUUUAUUUUUGCUCUUUGCAACUUGAUUUUACGCUUUGCUACGGCCGCGCUUCUGAUGGAUGGGAGGACAUCGUCUUUAGCGUGUCUUUGAUUGUCGCUUUUCUGUGAUUUACUUGACUUGAUUUCGUUCUAUGGUUGUUGACGGUUGGUGAAGAAAG